ACGGGACUUUUCGGUGCUUGUUGCUUCCCUUUGCCAACAGUCUCUCGCGCACACGGGGCUACAGGACAAUGGCCGCCAUCAAAGCCCUGGAGCAAUGGUGCAAAACUCAGUGUGAUGGGUACAGAGAUGUGGCGAUCACGAAUAUGACCACCUCUUUUAGGAACGGGAUGGCUUUCUGCGCGCUCAUACACAAGUACAGGCCGGAUCUGAUAGAUUUCGAGUCACUGAAAAAGGAGGAUGUGUUUGAGAACAAUCGACUGGCGUUCCAAAUAGCAGAGGAGAAGUUGGGCAUCCCUGCUCUUUUGGAUGCAGAGGACAUGGUGGCCCUGAGGAUCCCAGACAGACUCAGCAUCCUGACCUAUGUCUCCCAGUAUUACAACUACUUCAGAGGGCGACCUCCCAGUGGAGGUGUAAAAAGGCCAGCAGAGGGCUCCAAGGAAGAGCCGUCCAAAAGAAAUCUGCCUGUAGUUGCCAAAAACUUUGUGUCAAAAAAUGCCAUUGAGAAUCGGACACCACCCAAACAUUCAGGUCAAAGUUCACCCAAGACGCCCAGUGACGGUGCUCAGAAGGCAGUUUUGUCAGAAAAUGCCAACAAAACUGGGACUCUGAACAGUAAAUGUGUUGCCUGCAAAAGCCAUGUCCACCUGGUCCAGAGGCACUUUGUGGAGGGAAAACUUUACCACAGGAGCUGUUUCAAAUGCAGUGAAUGCUCCAGCGUGCUCCACACAGGAGGCUACAGACCUGGGAAGGAGCCUGACUCUUUUAUUUGUAAGUCCCAUCAGAGCACUCAGCCUUCAUCAAAAUCUGGGACCAAAACUGGACCUGGUGCUUCAGCUGUCCGCCAAAAACCACCCACCCCUCCACGCCCCUCAUCUGUGCUCUGCUCUGCGGACAAAUCUGCCCCAAAAUCUGCCAGUCCUGUCCCUUCCUCCAACUCACCCUCUCCCUCCUCUCCUUCCUCUCCCCCCUCACCAUCCUGGACCACGUCCGCUCAGAAGACCCAAGAAGCAAGGCAGAGGUUUUUCCAAGAUCCUGCAGAUUUUCCACCAGGCAACAGUAAAAGAACAGGACCGUCCAGUUUUCCAGAAAAAGUAAAGACCCCACUCAAGUCUGAUGAAGACAAGAGCAAAGUUAAACCAGUGGUGGUGAGAAGACUGGCAGAACAAAACUGUAAUAAUAACAACAAAAGACCUUUCACCAUAAGAACAGCAGACACAAGAUUUGGAGAUGAUCCAAGUAUCAGUGAGGGCUUCCGUUUUAGACCAGACUUUUGCCACCAAGACCCAGCAGGACCCAAGACUGCCCCUCUUUGCCUCGCUCCCACAAACAACCAACAACCACCAAACCUGGAGGCCAUUCACCAAAACAACACCAGGCCCACCAGUGCACACAGCAAUGCCAAAUGUGCAACUGCUGAGGGGCAAGUGCAGACCAAACCUGUGACAUCUGAUCCAGGAAUAAUAGGUGCAACAACCUUUCCUGAACAAGUUGGUCUCCCCUCCGCUGCUCCUGUCAGUGUCCCACUCAGCUCCCCAAAGCCCCCCUCUGCCCCUGCACCUGCACCCGUCCUGCCGCCUGUAACCAUUCCUCUGUUCAUCCCUGCACCUGUCGCUCCGCGCAGACAUCAACCUGCAUCCACAAACACGGGUGUAAAACUGGGGAACCACCCGGCUGUGAAAUCCCCACCCAGGCACCCAGCUGUGGAAUCUAUUAGCUCUGCAGCUCAAACCAAUCAUGGAAAUCCUUCAGGUGCUAAAAAGGGAAAGUAUUUGUCAGUUACCAACGCCCCCGAGACUGAAAUGAGGUCACCGUCUGUGAAGUCUUGCACCAUUCGUCUACAGCAGAUUGACACAGAGCUGAAAAACAUUGAGACAAACCUGUCCCAGCUGGAGCGGGACGGGGUGGAGCUGGAGAAGAGGCUGAGACACUGUGAGGAAGAGGGAAGAGGAGACAUCUUGAUGGACCCUCUCAUGGUCGACUGGUUCAACCUCAUUCGAGAGAAGCAGAUGUACAUCAGAAAAGAGUCCGAGCUGGUUUACAUAGCACGGACACUGGAGCUGGAGCAGCAGCAGCCAGGUGUGGAGGGAGAACUGCGCAGAUUAUUGGAGAAACCAGAUCAUUUAAAGUCUUAUGAGGAGCAGCAGCGUGAACAGCAGCUGAUGCAGAGACUGGUGGAGAUCGUGGAUGGGCGAAAUGCAAUAGUGGACGGUCUGGAUGAAGACAGACUCAGAGAAUUCGAGGAGGACCAGCAGUUGAAUGAAAUGAUGAAAAGCCUUGGACUAAAGAAAGCCAAAGCUAAAAGGAAGUCUUCCAUCUCCAAAAUGUUCAGGCGCAGAAGUAAAAGGCGAGUGGAAUAAUAACUAGAAUCACAAAUGAAAUGUAUUUACGUUUACUCAGAGAAGUGAUAAUGAUAUUUUGAACGAUAAGUUUAACCAGUCUAUAAAGAAUGAAUUUGAUGUUUGUGUCUAUAAAGUAAAAGUAUAUCUUUAGUUUGGUUAAUUUGUGAAUAUAUUUUUGAGAUGUAAUGUUCAUGUGAUAGUUAGUGUGGUGGUUUCGAUACGAGGAAAUAGAUGUAAGAAUGUAUUUUUAUGAGGAAACAGAAUAGAAAUACCAUUUGUUCAGUUUAACACCUUGUUUUUUUGGAAGGAAGUAUUGGUUAAAAAUAUAGCUAUAUAUAUUUAUUUUUAUUGUGAUACAUUUAUGACUAUUUUACUACUUUUAUUCUCUCAAAGUAUAACAUGACGUCAUCAAUAAUCAUCAUAGCAACAUUAAGAACUGUAAUUUAUUAUAAUUCAUGAAAUAUCUCACUCACUAUUUUGAAUUAAACAAAUUGGAUAUUACUUCACUAUAUUUUACUUUCUCAUAAUACAAAACAGUGUAACAAACAUCCAUAUUUUGUGCACUAUUUUCAGCUCACUUCUAUAAAGAGCCUCGUGCAUCUGCUCCUCUCUCCGUCUGUACUGUAGGUGGCAGCCUGGCUAUGCUCUAUCUCACGACUCCCCACCAAACUUGAAAAUCCAAUUUGCCACAGUACAGACAGUUAAUUUCUUUGCUAAUUUUAUAAAUGCUGCAGAAAUGUUGGCCUGCACUGAUGCAAUAACGUAAUGUGAAAGAGGAUUAGGUCGGGCUCUAGCUUUUGGCCCGCGAACGGCUUAUUUAAACUAUAGGUCUGUAUUGAGCUUGUUAUCUUCAAACCAGGUUUAAUUAACAUUACUCUUUUUGCUAAUAUCUGCAUCAGGACGCGUCUCCUACCUGAGCUAUUAAGA